ACAUACGGCUCCCUUCCUCUCAAACCCUCUCUCUCUCUAGCUUACCUUUUCCCCUCUUCUUCUUCAUUAUUCCUCCCACAAGCUCUCCACUUGGUAUUUUCUUCUUCUUCUUCUGGGUUUUCCAUCAUAUAAGCAAAUCCAUACACAUACCAGCCUCAAAAACUACAUAAUCAUACACAAAUAUCCAACUCUUUAAUUCUUCUUAGGAAUUAGGAAGAAAUGAGAGAAGGUGGGAGAUCAAAGCAAGGCACAAUGUCGCCAUGUGCGGCGUGCAAGCUUCUGCGAAGAAGAUGUGCACAGGACUGUGUGUUUGCUCCUUAUUUUCCAGCAGAUGAACCCCAGAAAUUUGCCAGUGUUCAUAAGGUUUUUGGGGCUAGCAAUGUCAACAAAAUGUUACAGGAACUUCCAGAGCACCAACGCAGCGAUGCAGUGAGUUCAAUGGUGUAUGAAGCAAACGCAAGAGUGAGAGACCCUGUGUAUGGCUGCGUGGGAGCCAUAUCGUCUCUGCAACACCAAGUCGAUGUGCUUCAAACUCAACUCGCUCUGGCUCAAGCCGAAGUUGUUCACAUGAGAUCACUGAGUCAAUUUUCUUCUUCAUCAUCACCACCACAAACAACAACUGUGACUCUGCCUUCCACUUCAUCCCCAGAUCAUCAUCAUCAUCAUCACAGUAAUAACUUCAGUAAUAAUAUUAUGUCUCCUUCGCCCUCAAGCAGGCUCAGUGCCAGGUCCUUUUUUGCCAUGGACGUUGCUGAGUCUUUGUGGUCGUGCUAGAUACAGAUAGAACUUUUGGAUAUGCAUGGGCUUCUUCUGAUGAUCUCUGCUGAAAAAUUUAGCCUAUCAGCUUAAUUAUAUGGCGUGCACGCUUUUCUUUUUUUUAUUUUCUCUUAUGAUUAUUGUUACUAUCACGGGCUUGCUUUUUCUUGUCUGCCUCAUUGCUGCUCUCCCUUUUGCUUUUUUUUUUUUUUUCCUUUCUCUUUCUAUGACUUUAAAAGCACACCUAGCUCUCUCUCUGGAGAGAUCCAUCAUGCUGGUGAUGAUUAAUUAGUGUUAUUAACCUGAUUGUAAAUGUAUAAACUUGUAAUUAAGAGUAAUCUUAUAUAUGGAUUAGUAUUAAGUUGGCUGUA